GGCAUCAAGGCCUUGAUUCAUCUCCAGGUGUUUGGUUGGAACCCGAGAGUUCUAUACUCUAGAGAAGACAAUGAGUAUCACAACCGUCAUCUGCAAUGGAUGGGGAGGAGGUAGUACUUAGUGCAGAUUUCACCUCUGAGUCCUUCACUACCAGAAGGGAAACAAUGAGAGAGUUGAUAACUACUUUCAGUGACCUGUAUAUUGACUCUGAUGGGGAAAGCGAAAGAGAAAGAGCUGUGGAUAAUGAUCCGGAGAAUGAUUCUCCUUUUCCUCCUCCACCACCGCUACUGGAGAUGAAUGAAGAGGCAGACCACAAUCCUUGCUCAUCAGUUACAUCCCUGAAUGACCGAAUCACUGCCAUAGAAAGUUGGAUGGUAAACAUCAGUCAGAUGGUGAGUGAGCAAGUCCCUUUUGAUGAAUUUGACAAACAAUGUAAAAAGUUAGAAGAUAGGAUGUCGUAUCAUGUUCAAUGUGAGUGCGAAAGGGUAAAGCAACAGUUGGAGAUGUUAGUAAAGGACUUGGGUCGGUCAAUGGUAGACUGUCUGAAAAGAAGAGAUCGGCAAUUGGAGCAAAAAUUCCAAGCGCUGAGAUCGCCUUCCUCUACUCCAAUAGUCCCAGAAACAAGUCCUCGAACUAGUGAUACCUAUGCUCCACCUAGUAAUAUGACGUAUAACCUACAGUCUAGCCAUGUUUCCAACCAAAGCAACCAGUCUUCAGUUCAGUAUAACCCUCCGGUAAAACUUGAUUUCCCCAGUUUCAGUAAUACUUUUGAUGAUGACCCAAUUUUGUUCAUCAAGCAAUGUGAGGAAUACUUUGCUGUUCGACCACUCAGUGAUGAUGAAAUCUUUGCCUCACUCACAGCUGUACUAAAAGGAACCGCCAAAGACUGGUGGAUGGCAGAGAGGCGAGGUGUGUCCAAUUGGAAACAUUUCAAGGAGAGAUUCCUGCACUCGUUCUUAAGUGAGGACUACAAGGAUGUAGCAGCUAGGAAACUGCUGGAACGGAAACAAGGUACCAAGGAAAGUUUUAGGGAUUUUGCAUUCCAGUAUCGUGCUUUGUGUUUGCGAUGGCGAAAGGAUAUGUCUGAGAGGGAAAUGGUUCAGGCAAUUUUGAGGAACUGCAACCCACGACUCGCCAGUUUGCUAUGAGGUACGGUUCAGGAUGUGAGGGAGUUAGUUAGGAUUGGGACACAAAUUGAAAGAGACUUUGAGUCUAAGAGAUAUUGGAGUCAGGUCAAUGGGGAGGAACAGAGGAAA